GCGCAAAGAAAGAUGUAAACAAAUCCAACAAUUUGGUUGUCGGACAAGAUUAAAAGUUGUAUUACUGCAUAAAACGCUACAUUCUGUCUAUCGAAUAAUCAAACUUGUCAUAUGAGAUUUACUCCUAAUUUGCUGAGAUUUCCUCAUGUGCUUGUAUAGGUUGUCUUACUAGAAAGAAUGGCAGACAAUUAUCAUGUGCUGGAGCUUAUUGGAGAAGGUUCCUUCGGGAAGGUUUAUAAGGGAAGGAAGAAAUAUACAGGACAGAUUGUUGCAAUAAAGUUUAUCCCAAAAGUAGGAAAGCCGGAGAAAGAGUUGAGGAAUCUACGUAGAGAGAUAGAUAUCAUGAGACACCUUCAUCAUGAGAACAUUAUAGAAAUGUCAGACAGUUUUGAUACUGACAAAGAGGUUGCAGUGGUAACAGAUUAUGCUGAGGGUGAGCUUUUUCAAAUACUUGAAGAUGAUGGAAAUCUACCAGAAGAGCAGGUUCAGCAAAUAGCAGCUCAGCUUGUGUCAGCUUUAUAUUAUCUUCACUCUCACAGAAUCUUACAUCGUGACAUGAAACCUCAGAAUAUUCUACUGGGUAAAGGUGGCAUUGUCAAACUGUGUGACUUUGGCUUUGCCAGGGCCAUGAGCUUCAACACUCUGGUUUUGACGUCCAUUAAGGGUACACCUUUAUACAUGUCACCAGAACUGGUGGAAGAGAAACCGUAUGACCAUACAGCAGAUCUUUGGGCUCUUGGGUGUAUAUUAUACGAGCUGUUCACGGGUACACCACCAUUCUACACUAACAGUAUAUUUCAGCUGGUCAGUCUGAUAAUUAAGGACCCGGUCAAGUGGCCUAAAAAUAUGAGUGCAAUGUUUAAGGACUUCCUGCAAGGAGUAUUGACGAAGAACCCAAGGCAGAGAUUGGCCUGGCCUGAACUACUUCAUCAUCCAUUUAUUGCUGAUUUAGUCAAAGUAAGAGAAGAAGAUGCUAAUUUACCAAGUCCAUUCACCCAACCACUUACAGCAUCUAUGGUACGCAUGAAAGAUGAACAGGCCAAGGAAAAGGCCCACCCUAAAGGCACGUCUAAAAUUCUUGCUAAAGCUCGGAAAAAAGCCAUGGAAGAUGAGGCAUCAAAGAAAGGUCAAGGUCAAGCUAAUGUACAGCCACCAGGUGGUGGUGAUGGAACCCAACCACAGAAAAAAGUGGAGUCUGAAUCUAAAGAAGCGUGGGGUCCAAAGUUGAAGGCAGACGAGGGAGGGGAGAAGCAGGAGCUGAAAGUCCCCGUGCACCCUCCCAGAGAACAUACCAAGGACUGGGAGAACACCGGUCUAAGCAAGCUAUCAACAGAAGAGGUAAACCGUACAAUAUAACUUACUAAUAGUCAGAUUACUAAUAUUUUCUAGAAAGUU